AAGUGUACGGAGCCGGAGCGCAGCGUGGUGGCACCAGACACCUCCCUUUUCCCCGCCGCUUUCUUUCCUUUCUCUUCUCUCACUUAGGUCUUUUAAACCUCCUUCUCCCUCCUCGCCGGGAGACCGCCCGGGCCGCGCCGCCGCGCCUGCACUUGGUGGCGCCGCUGCGGUCUCCGGGCUGUGCGGGGACUCCGGGAAGCGAAGGCGGCGCCGCUCCGCCGGUGCUCUCAGUCGCCCGGCCUGCGGGCGCCGCGGUCUCGGAGCCGCUGCCGCCGGGCGAUGGUGGCCGCCCGCGCGCCCGCGCUGCAGCCGGGCGCCCCCUAAGUUUGCCAGCUACCGCCGCUGCGCCGCGGAACCGGGAGCGCAGGAGACGAGGAAAGUUUGGCGGGCUGCGCCUCCCGCGGCCAGCGCCCGAAUCCCGUCGGCUGGAGUGGCCGGAGGCGGCAUGGCCCGCGAGCCUGGGGAAGAGGAGACCGUAAGGCCGGCCGCUCUGGUCCGUCGCUGUCCCCGCUGCCCUGGCUGGCCUGGGGCCCCGCGGCCGCCCCUCUGGCUGCUCUGCCUUGUGGCAUGCUGGAUCUUGGGCGCCGUGGCCGACGCCGACUUCUCCAUCCUGGAUGAGGCGCAAGUGCUGGCGAGUCAGAUGAGGAGGCUGGCUGCCGAGGAGCUGGGGGUAGUCACCAUGCAGAGGAUCUUCAACUCCUUGGUUUACACAGAGAAGAUCUCAAAUGGAGAGAGCGAAGUUCAGCAGCUAGCCAAAAAAAUCCGGGAGAAGUUCAACCGUUACCUGGACGUGGUCAAUCGGAACAAGCAAGUUGUAGAAGCCUCCUAUACAGCCCACCUGACAUCCCCGCUGACUGCCAUCCAGGACUGCUGCACAAUUCCGCCUUCCAUGAUGGAGUUUGAUGGGAACUUCAAUACCAAUGUAUCAAGAACCGUGAGUUGCGAUCGACUCUCUACUACUGUGAACAGCCGAGCCUUCAACCCGGGACGAGACUUAAAUUCAGUUCUCGCAGACAACCUGAAAUCUAACCCUGGAAUCAAGUGGCAAUAUUUCAGCUCAGAGGAAGGAAUUUUCACUGUCUUCCCAGCACACAAGUUCCGGUGUAAGGGCAGCUAUGAGCACCGCAGUCGGCCCAUCUAUGUCUCUACCGUCCGGCCACAGUCCAAGCACAUAGUUGUGAUCCUGGACCACGGGGCCUCAGUCACGGAUACCCAGCUCCAGAUUGCCAAGGACGCCGCUCAGGUCAUCCUCAGUGCCAUUGAUGAACAUGACAAGAUUUCUGUGUUGACUGUGGCAGAUGCCGUCAGGACCUGUUCAUUGGACCAGUGCUAUAAGACGUACCUGUCUCCGGCCACCAGUGAGACAAAAAGGAAAAUGUCCACAUUUGUUAGCAGCGUCAAGCCCUCUGACAGCCCCACCCAGCAUGCAGUAGGGUUUCACAGGGCGUUCCAGUUGAUUCGAAGCACCAGCAACAACACUCGGUUCCAAGCAAACACAGACAUGGUCAUCAUUUACCUGUCAGCGGGUAUCACAUCAAAGGACUCCUCAGAAGAAGAUAAAAAGGCGACUCUCCGUGUCAUCAAUGAAGAAAAUGGCUUUCUGAACAACUCCGUCAUGAUUCUUACCUACGCCCUCAUGAACGACGGGUUGACUGGUUUGAAGGAGUUGGCAUUCCUCAGGGACCUGGCUGAACAGAACUCUGGGAAGUAUGGAAUCCCAGACCGGACAGCCUUGCCUGUGAUUAAGGGCAGCAUGAUGGUGCUGAACCAGCUGAGCAACCUGGAGACCACAGUCGGCAGGUUCUACACUAACCUUCCCAAUCGGAUGAUUGAUGAGGCUGUCUUCAGCCUCCCCUUCUCUGAUGAGAUGGGAGAUGGUUUGAUAAUGACUGUGAGUAAACCCUGUUACUUUGGAAACCUUCUCCUGGGAAUCGUAGGUGUGGACGUGAAUCUGGCUUACAUUCUUGAAGAUGUGACAUAUUACCAAGACUCUUUAGCUUCCUACACUUUUCUCAUCGAUGACAAAGGGUAUACACUUAUGCAUCCGUCUCUCACCAGGCCUUACUUACUGUCAGAGCCUCCCCUUCAUACUGACAUCAUACAUUAUGAAAAUAUCCCCAAGUUUGAAUUGGUUCGGCAAAAUAUCCUAAGCCUCCCCCUCGGCAGCCAGAUCAUCACAGUCCCUGUGAACUCGUCCCUGUCUUGGCACAUCAACAAGCUGAGGGAGACUGGAAAGGAGGCCUACAAUGUGAGCUACGCCUGGAAGAUGGUACAAGACACUUCCUUCAUUCUGUGUAUUGUGGUGAUACAACCGGAAAUACCCGUCAAACAAUUGAAAAACCUCAACACUGUUCCCAGCAGCAAGCUGCUGUACCACCGGCUGGAUCUUCUGGGCCAACCCAGUGCUUGUCUCCACUUCAAGCAGCUGGCAACACUAGAAAGUCCAACGGUCAUGCUGUCUGCCGGCAGUUUUUCCUCCCCUUAUGAGCACCUCAGCCAGCCAGAGACCAAGCGCAUGGUGGAGCAUUACACGGCCUAUCUCAGUGACAACACUCGCCUCAUUGCUAACCCGGGCCUCAAAUUCUCUGUCAGAAACGAAGUAAUGGCGACUAGCCACGUCACAGAUGAAUGGAUGACACAAAUGGAAAUGAGCAGCCUGAACACGUACAUUGUCCGCCGUUACAUAGCAACACCCAAUGGCGUCCUCAGAAUUUAUCCUGGUUCCCUCAUGGACAAAGCAUUUGAUCCCACUAGGAGACAGUGGUAUCUUCAUGCAGUAGCCAAUCCAGGGCUGAUUUCCUUGACGGGCCCUUACCUAGAUGUUGGAGGAGCUGGCUAUGUUGUGACAAUCAGUCACACAAUUCACUCAUCCAGUACACAGCUGUCUUCCGGACACACUGUGGCUGUAAUGGGCAUCGACUUCACACUGAGGUAUUUCUACAAGGUUCUGAUGGACCUCUUACCAGUUUGUAACCAAGAUGGUGGCAACAAAAUAAGGUGCUUCAUAAUGGAGGACAGAGGUUAUCUGGUAGCUCAUCCAACCCUCGUUGACCCCAAAGGUCAUGCACCUCUGGAGCAGCAACACAUCACCCACAAGGAGCCCCUGGUAGCGAACGAUAUCCUGAACCAUCCCAACUUCGUGAAGAAGAACUUGUGCAACAGCUUCAGUGACCGGACAGUACAGAGAUCUUACAAAUUCAACACUAGCCUGGUGGGGGAUUUGACGAACCUUGUGCAUGGCAGCCACUGUUCUAAGUACCGCCUGACAAGGAUCCCAGGAACCAAUGCGUUUGUUGGCAUCGUUAAUGAGACCUGUGACUCUCUCGCCUUCUGCGCUUGCAGCAUGGUGGACCGUCUCUGUCUCAACUGCCACCGAAUGGAGCAAAAUGAAUGUGAAUGUCCUUGUGAGUGCCCCCUGGAGGUCAAUGAGUGCACUGGCAACCUCACCAAUGCAGAGAACAGAAAUCCGAGCUGUGAAGUCCACCAGGAGCCAGUAACAUACACAGCUAUCGACCCCGGCCUGCAAGAUGCCCUGCACCAGUGUGUCAACAGCAGGUGUAACCAGAGGAUGGAAAGUGGGGACUGUUUCGGUGUGCUGGACUGCGAAUGGUGUGUGGUGGACAGCGACGGAAAGACUCACCUGGACAAAUCCUACUGUGCGCCCCAGAAAGAAUGCUUCGGGGGAAUCGUGGGAGCCAAAAGUCCCUAUGUUGAUGACAUGGGAGCCAUCGGUGAUGAGGUGAUCACACUGAACAUGAUUAAGAGUGCCCCAGUGGGCCCUGUGGCCGGAGGGAUCAUGGGCUGCAUCAUGGUGCUGGUCCUUGCUGUGUAUGCCUACCGCCACCAGAUCCAUCGCCGUAGCCACCAGCAUAUGUCUCCUCUUGCUGCUCAAGAAAUGUCAGUGCGUAUGUCCAACCUGGAGAAUGACAGAGAUGAAAGGGACGAUGACAGUCAUGAAGACAGAGGCAUCAUCAGCAACACUCGGUUCAUAGCUGCAGUCAUGGAGCGACAUGCACACAGCCCAGAGAGGAGGCGACGCUACUGGGGCCGCUCAGGAACCGAAAGUGAUCACGGGUACAGCACCAUGAGCCCACAGGAAGACAGUGAGAACCCUCCAUGCAACAAUGACCCUUUGUCAGCUGGGGUGGACGUGGGGAACCACGAUGACGACUUGGACCUGGACACCCCACCUCAGACUGCAGCCCUGCUGAGCCACAAGUUCCAUCACUACCGCCCACACCACCCGACCCUCCAUCACAGCCACCACAUGCAGGCGGCCGUGACAGUGCACACUGUGGAUGCUGAGUGCUAACAGCUCUCUCAUCUCCCCGAGCAGAGGGGCCCUGGGUGACAAGAAUGCUCUGAGAAGAAAUGAGCCUGCAGACAGCCCUGUCAUAUGACACGCUUUGUCCAGCAUGGUUCCGCUGGUUUGCUGCCUGCCGGUGCAUUUGCAAACCGAAACCACGAAGUCCUGUUUGUAGGGAACUGAUGCUGGUUCUGUAAUGGAGGGGGAGCCUGAUAAACUGACCUGCCAUAAUGGAAUGGAACAGUAGGCACACCACCAACACAGACACGUGUAAAGGGAACUGAGCCAGAGCAAUGCUCCCAGCACCAGAAGCACUCACCCCUUAACUGGAAGAAAGCUGGAGCAGAGGCCUGGAACGUGGCACACCAGAUGCCACCAGCCGCUGGAUGAACUCCCGUGUUUCCCAGCGGUACCUGGAUACCACCCUAACUGUACGGAGCUCAUCUUAUGCUCUAAACGAUGCAUCUCAAAAUUUCUAAGUAAAGGAUUAUUUUUCUACUAUUUAUUGAACUUUCAAACUUUGUGGGGGUGGGGGGGGGGGGAAGGAAACAAGAGAUUCUCGGCCGUAACCCUGGCUGUUGUGUGCGAUGAUGUGGUUCUUUGAUUAAGGAGUUGUGUUUCUUAUUUAACUGGUGAUCUGCCCACUGCCCUCAUCCACAAAACAAAAAACAAACAAACAAAAAAAAAAAAAAAAAAAUGGGGGAAAUGAAGAAAUCUUUCUCUGGCUUGUUUACAUCACUUCCUGGGAAAACAUCAUACACGAUAGUGUUCCCUCAUUGGAGGGGCAGUGAUCCAAGAUGUUUUCAAAGAAACUUCAUUCCUUUGGAAUUCAUUUCCACCUCCCAUGCAAUGGUUUUCCUUAGGUUUCUACGAAACCUAGUAUUAUAACCGUAGCCUUCCAGUUUAGGGAGGCUUGGGUUUAUUCUCUUUGUUUUAAAGACUAUAAAUUUUAAAAUGUCUCCUUUUUUACUCUGAGAAUAUUAAACAGGUAAAGGGGGACAUUUUAAAAUUGUGAAAUUGUGGUUCUUAAAAGAUUUCUUUUGAAAUCACAGCUCAAAGCUGCUGCCACGUAUCCACCAAACUGCUUUUGACUUCCACAGGGAUUCAUCAAAUGGCUACUCGGACGUGGGGCACUGGGAUUUUAAAGUAGUGUUCUAAUUACAGUGGUGUAUUUUAGAUUCACGCUUCGUGAUUCAGAUAUGUUAUGAAGACGUUCUUUGCACCGUGUGUGUGGUAAAUCUCCGUUUAUAUAUAGUUGGAAAAAAAAUCACUGAAUAAUGUUUUAAUGAUAGGGUAUCAUGAUAUACUGUAAAAAAUAAAAUUGGGUCUUCAGCACUACAGAAAGUAAACUAUAUAUGUGCUCCCUAAAAGUCCUUCAUACUGUGUAUAAAGUUGCAGUCUUGUGAAAUAAACUGUAUGCAAUGG